UCCUCUCUCUCUUUCUCUUUCUCUCUCUCGUGAGGAUAAGUGCAGACCGUGUAUAGCAUCGCACACACAAACACACUCUUCUCCUGCAGCCUCGCGCGGCAGACAGUCUGAUGCCAUGACCGAGGACACAUCCAUUCUCUGCUGAGAACCAUGCGCUGCCGGCUGAGCCCUGCUGGAAUGAACGGACUGAAAGGAGCUUUCAAGAGACUCACCUGUGGAUUUGCGCCGUCAAGAUGCCUUAUUUGACCAAACCUCUGAUUUUACUUCUAUGUCUGGUUAUUACUGGUGAAUGCCGUAAGCACGGCCACCGGGUGCGUAGAUGGACCGGUACCGUGGAAACGCAAAAGCAUGGCACCUCCUUGCCAAAGAAGCCUCCAGAUGUGACAAAGUCUCGGAAAACAAAGACAGAGCAUUUGCUCAAAGUAGACGAUCAUGACUUUACCAUGAGGCCAGCAUUUGGAGGGCCUGCAAUCCCUGUUGGAGUGGACGUUCAGGUGGAGAGCUUGGACAGCAUCUCUGAGGUGGACAUGGACUUCACCAUGACUCUGUAUCUGAGGCACUACUGGAAGGAUGAGCGCCUGUCGUUCACCAGCAGCACCAACAAGAGCAUGACGUUUGAUGGUCGUCUGGUGAAGAAGAUCUGGGUGCCUGAUGUCUUCUUUGUCCACUCAAAGAGGUCCUUCAUCCAUGACACCACCACUGAUAACAUCAUGCUGCGUGUCUUUCCUGAUGGACAUGUCCUCUACAGCUUGAGAGUGACAGUGACAGCAGCCUGUAACAUGGACUUCAGCCGCUUUCCUCUGGAUUCUCAGACCUGCUCACUGGAACUGGAGAGCUAUGCUUACACAGAUGAAGACCUGAUGCUGUACUGGAAAAGCGGUGAUGAGUCUCUUAGCACUGAUGAUCGUAUCUCAUUAUCACAGUUCCUCAUCCAGAAGUUCCACACCACAUCUCGCUUGGCCUUCUACAGCAGUACAGGCUGGUACAAUCGGCUCUACAUCAACUUCACAUUGAGACGCCACAUCUUCUUCUUCCUACUCCAGACGUACUUUCCUGCCACACUCAUGGUGAUGCUUUCAUGGGUGUCGUUCUGGAUCGACCGCCGUGCUGUGCCGGCCAGAGUUUCCCUGGGCAUCACCACAGUGCUGACCAUGUCCACCAUCAUCACUGGAGUGAAUGCGUCCAUGCCCCGUGUGUCCUACAUCAAGGCGGUGGACAUUUACCUUUGGGUCAGCUUCGUCUUUGUCUUUUUGUCUGUGUUGGAGUACGCAGCUGUUAACUACCUGUCCACUGUCCAGGACCGCCGAGAGCGCAAGAUGAGAGAACGGGCACGAUCUCAGUCACUACCCUGCACCUGUGGAAUCUCCCAGACACGAACCAUGACCAUGCUGGAUGGUACCUACAGCGAGGCCGACACCAAUAGCCUAGCCGGCUACACUGAGGAGCCUAUGGUGCCAGAGGAGGAGCAGGAAGAGCUGCACGAGGUUCCAGAGAAACCUGAACACAUGGUGGUCCAUCUGUCGGUGAGCAGUGAGUCCACCACCACCAAGAAGAAGAAGAGCCUGCGUGCCCUCAACAUCAUCCAGAACACCCACGCCAUUGACAAGUACUCCCGGAUGAUUUUCCCUGGUUCGUACAUUUUCUUCAACCUUAUCUACUGGUCCGUCUACUGCUGAGAGACACUCCCGAAUCUGGACUGAGGCCAGGGAGGUUAACACACAGACAGUGUGAAUGCUGCAUCAGAAAGGGACACCAACUCUAAGAAUGCUAUUGUACUGUACGUCUGGUUCUGCAAAGUGCAAGUUCUACAAAAAUUCAGCAUUAAGACUUUGAGAUUGAUUGAGCACUUCUUUUUUUGUGUUUUUUUUUUCCCUCAUGCAGCAAUUUGAAUGUUCAUUAACGCUCUAAACCAUAAACACAGAAAAUAAUCUUUUGAAUGGUGUUUUUAAACUACGGAUGCUAAUUCUCUUUUUCAGCAUCAUUAACUGUCAACUGCUGUUGAAAAGCUCUUUGUCCUCAUUACUGCUGUUCCUGAGAUGAUGCCAGCUUUGGUGGGAGAAAAAGUACAUUUUUGUAUAACAUUGAUAGGUAGGGAUAAGGUAUGCUUUGCGUGUGUAUCAUGCUGUGAGCUACUCAGUUAACGGGUGUCUGUAUUUAUAUUUACUGGCAAUGAUUGUUUAGCUGAAAAUCACCAUGAUUAUACAGUUUUAAGGCCCAUAAACCAUCAGUUAUGACUUGAUUAUAAACAGUAAUGACAGUUUAAUUUUUAGUAUGUCACAAUAACAAAUGUUGACCAUAUUCUUUAAGCCUGUUAUCUCAAAAAAAUGUAUAUUGUUAUUUAAUGUUGAUGAAUAAAUCAGACUGAGAGGGUGCAGCCAUGUAA